AUGCGGAAUGCUACAGAUUAUGGUGGUUUUCAGGGAUUUCAAUUAAAUCAGCAAACUCAUUUCGAGCUAUUACAAUUCGCGGAUGACACGGUUAUGCUAUAUGACGGGAGUUUGGAUAAUUUGUGGUGUGUCAAGGCCUUUCUGCGGGGCUUUAAGCGCAUUUUCGGAUUACGUAUCAACAUUAACAAAAGCAAAAUAUAUGGUAUCAAUAUUGGGGAGGAUAUGUUAACAACUGCAGCUAAUUUUCUCCCCUGUGAGAUUGGAAGACUCCCUUUUCUUUUCCUUGGGCUUCCUGUUGGCGCAAAUCAUAGGAGAAAGGAUACUUGGAAACCAGUCUUCAAAAAAUUAUCUAGAAGGCUGGCAACAUGGCAGGGCAAACAUGUUUCUCUUGGAGGCAAAGUAACGCUUUUAAAUUCUGUUCUUAACAAUAUUCCGAUUUAUUGGCUCUCUUUUUUCAAAGCGCCUAGAGUGGUUUGGGAGGUGUAA